AGAUGGUUGUCCUUCCAGAGUCUGAGUUCUUCACCAUGGGAUUGUGGUCCAUCAGCAUCGGCGCUCUAGGGGCCGCGGUAGCCGGGAUAAUCCUGGCCAACACAGACUAUUUUCUCACCAAAACCGAAGAGGCCACCUUGGAAUAUUUAGCGAAGAUAGACCUGAAAACCUUUAGUGAUGAGCCCAAGUCUUUCAAAGCCAAGGAAUUAUGGGAAAAAAAUGGUGCUGUAAUUAUGGCUGUCCGUCGGCCUGGCUGCUUUCUGUGCAGAGAGGAGGCGGCGGGGCUGUCUGCUCUGAAACCACAGCUGGAGCAGCUCGGGGUUCCGCUGUACGCCGUGGUGAAAGAGAAGAUCGGGACUGAAGUUGAGGAUUUUCAACCCUACUUCAAGGGAGAAAUCUUUCUUGAUCCAAAGAAAGGCUUCUACGGUCCUCAAAAAAGGAAAAUGAUGCUGCUGGGGUUUAUACGGCUGGGCGUGUGGCAGAACUUUCGCCGGGCUUGGAACGACGGCUUUACGGGAAACCUCGAAGGAGAAGGAUAUGUUCUUGGGGGAAUUUUUGUGAUUGGGGCUGGAAAUCAGGGCGUUCUUCUUGAGCACCGAGAGAAGGAAUUUGGAGAUAAAGCAAACUUGACGGCUGUCCUUGAGGCAGCUCGAAAGAUAAAAAAUGGUGUGAAGGAGGAGUAGCCGAGUAGCAUUUCUCUCCCGUGAUCUUUUGUCCUAGUAAUUUUUAAAAAUAAAUUAAAAAAAAAAAAAAAUACAAAAGAGAGAA